GUCCUUGAUGACCUGUAGUCAACAGGAAUUGCUUGGGGUACAUGCAUUGAACCACUGCCUUCCAGGCUACUUCUGGGCUCCUGAGGGGGGAUGCUCCUCAAUCCUCCAACUCCUGAAAGCAGGGCGGGGGUGGGGUCCAUGGGAGUCAGGGUUAUAGCUAAGAGGGGAGCUGGGUCUUUGCUAGUUGGCACCAUCCCUUACUUUUGGUAUUUAAUCCAUAUAUAUAUAUAUAUGUAUAUAUAUAUAUAUAUAUAUCAACAUCUCACCCCACUCUCCCACUCUCAGUACUCUUUAAAUAUAUCUCUGUGCAUGAGAAGCCCUGACCAGAGACUUCAAAGACAGCAGGUUCCAGGACCCCCAACAGAUCUGAGAAACCAGUUGCUAUCGCCUAACAAGAAUAUUAUACCUGUGAAUCACAGUUGUAUCCUCUUCUACCUCCCCCAAACAGAAGCUCAUCAGUCUUCACAAAUGGAUGCGGGAAAACCACAAUGCUGUAUCUUUUUCUUUUUAAAUACUGGGGAUUGAACGCAAGGCCUCACACAUGCUAGGCAAGUGUUCUAUCACUGACCUGCAUCUUUUUUUAAGGUGAGAAAUCAUCUGGGAAGGAGCAGCCACUUGCCCAAGUUGCACAGGUAGGGCUCAAUUGAAAGGACAGGAUAUAUCCUUUCAGAAGCCAUCACUGAGUGUGCUCCAGGUGAACAAGGGGAUACUCAGGCAGGGCACCCAUGAGGCUGAGUCAGAUUUGUCAAGUAUAGCCUCUUCUGGGUCAAUGUGAGGGUGAAUAUACAGGCCAGAGUUCUUGAUCCAGGGCCAGCUGGGGCCUGAGUCAUGGCAAGACCUUGAAGCCAGAAUUGAAGGGCAAGUGGUGCCCAUUGUCAUUAGACAAUGACAGGUGGUGGCAGCUCCCCCACCAAUGCCUGUCCCUAGGGCAGGACCAAAGAUUGUGGGGGUUGGAAUGAGGGCCUGUGAGGGCACACAGGGCUUCUUUUUUGCCUGAGGGCUUUAGAGGGGACCACACAAGUUUCCCAAGGGCAUAUCCAGGGCAUCUUCUGGGCACUAAGGCAGUUUAUAAAAAGUAAAGCUGUCCACUUCAGCCCUUUCCAAAGCCUCACUAAGGGCAAUCUGUCUUGCGGUGAUCAGAACCAUCUUGAGGCCCCAGCACAACUUUUGUUGGAGCUGGGGGAGGCCUCUCAUGAUGCUCCACGCUAUGGAAGGUUGUUGGGGCAGGAUGAGUGUGGUAGAGGAAAUUCAUGACAGGGCAAGCCAUGAGAGGGUGGGGGAGGGGUCUUGCCUUGCAAAAUCAAGAAGCUUGGGACUGAGGGGAGGUGGCAAUAGCAAGACCUGAGUUCUCUGGCCUGAUGGUCUGAUUUCCUGUUCAACUUGAAUAGCACACACGCUGCACACCACAGGCUUGACCUCAGGCUAGCCCCUGCUUAGCCCAGGUUCCCUCACUUGUAUUAGGUGAAGUUCGAUCUAGCUGCCUGCGCCAAAGGUGGGCCUGCCUUCCUCUCACCUGUCAGUCCAAACCUUGGAGUCCUACCCUGGAGUCUUGGAGAAAGGGGGAGGUUUGCCUUGGGGGCUUGAGGCUCACUUCUCUCCUGCUGCCAAUGCCGCUGACUUGCGAGUGGACGCGGCCGCUUUAAGGCGCUUUGACCCCAUCGCAUCCUCUGGCGGGGCGGGGACAGUACCCGCGCCACCAGCAGAGGCACUGCGAGAGAGGUAGUGCGCGGUGUCCGGCCCACCAUGCUGACCGCAGUCGUCCCGCAAGAGCUGCCUGGGCUCCCGAGGUGGAUGCCCGCGGCCCCCGCGCGUCGCCAGGAUUCCUCAGGUUCAUCUGGCUCCUACCACACAGCUCCGGAUUCUCCAGAGCCCCCGGACUUUGGGCCGGACGCAGAAGGCCAGGAGAAUUGGCCCUGCGUGGUACCUAGGCGGGGGGUGGAUGCGCAGCCUCGCCUGUCUGUCAGCUCCCAGAAUAGCAGCCAGCAGAUCUGGUGCAGCUCGGGUUUCCCCCGAGGUCCGGGCUUCGGCCCGCCACCACCCCAGCCCCAGCUGCGCAUGCUGCCGUCGGGGGAGAUGGAAGUCAUCUUCAGCGCCAGGCCUCUGUUCAGCAGCUCAGAUGCCGAGGACUGCGAGGUGCAAGAGCUCAUGGCGCCGGCUUUAAGCAAACCGCCGGAGCCAGCGUCACCCUCCCCUAUGCAACUGCAGCCCCAGUCCCCCGACGGUGGCUCCCGCUGGGCCACCUAUCUGGAGCUGCGGCCCGGUGGGCCAAGUCCUGUGGCCUCAGCACAGUUCGAGUGUGUGGAGGUGGCGCUGGAGGAGGAGCACACCGCUCCAGGCAGGCCCAGGACGGUGCCGAAGCGUCAGAUCGAGCUUCGCCCCCGACCCACAAGUCCCUCGAGAACGGCUGGCGCGCCGCGCCCCCCACUGUUCCUGCGCACCGGCUCCCUAGACGAGUCAAUGGGACGCCUGCAGGCCGCUGCAGGCCUAGUGCAGACAGCAUUGGCCAGAAAAAUGGGCCCCACUGCCCCAGAGCCAAGCAGCACCACCUUUCGGCCCACUAAGCGGCCAGAACCUGAGACUCGGGAAACGUCCGGCAGCACCCACGUGGUCCUGGAAGAGGCUAAGUCUCGGCUACUUCGAGAUCAAGAUAAUCUGGUCCGGGCGAGAGCCCCGCGGCCUUGGCCCAGCCUACGCGAGCGCGCGAUUCGGCGCGACAAGCCCAUGCCCGGCACCGAGCCUUUGGGUCCUGUUAGUUCCAGUAUCUUCCUGCAAUCGGAGGAAAAGAUCCAGGAGGCACGAAACCAGGAACCCAAGACUCGGUUCCCACGAGAGACCCCGAAUCGAACUUUUCUUAGGGCAUACAGUCCACCUUUUAAGUUUAGGGACCCCUCGGAGAUUCCGAGUAGGUCUGUGAGGCCAAGGAGCCCUUCUCCAUUGUGGCAGGCUCCAAAUGGGGCCGAGCGGGGUCCCCACUGCCCGUUCCCACGGGAUCAGACUGGACCGAGGGUGAGUAGCCCGUCUUUCCCUGAAGCAUCCUCUGCUUGGGAAAAUCAGAAUCCCUCUGUGGAGGAAACUUCCAGCAGGAGGACCCCUUCCCCUCCAACUCUUUCCCACUGGAAUCAGGGUGCUCCUGGAGUAAGGAGCUCACCCCCCGAAGUUCCUUCCCUGUGGGACGCCCCGCAGCCAGCAGUAAGAGAGGCUGUAGGGCCGGGUACAAGCCGGUCUCCGUUGGCCUUGUUCCCUUGGGAGGCGGAAGAUCGUGCCGUUGGAACGCGGAGCCCAUCGCCCCAAGGGACAGGGGGUCCCAAGGUCCAGGGCUCGUCGACAGCGUUUACGCGGGAAGCUAUGAAUGGUUUAGCUGAGGAGUUGGCACCGCCUACACCAGCCGCACCCGGGACUCCAGAACUAACCGAGGUGCAGAGCACCCCCACGCGAGAGAGUCCGAAUCUCGUCCUCACAAGCACGGAGCCAUCGCCAAAGACAGAGGCCCCUGAGCCGCCCCUGAGCAGUCACGUCGUGAGGACCCUGGACGCUGAUGUGCCCCCAGAAGCUUUGUACUCUGAAGUGGCCUCUGGACGCUCACGCGUGGCCGUUCCGCGGCCGCGAGAUGUGCGCAAGAUAGUUAAGACCACGUACGCUCCAAGCUUCCCAUCCGGAAGCCCAAGCUCAGGGCUACCUGGGCCUCCUUCGGAUUCUAGCGGGGAGGAGGGCGAUGCUUCAAAGACGCCAGAGCAUCAGGUGCUGGGGUCCCCCGCACCAGCUCACUACACUUCCGUUUUUCUCAAGGAUUUUCUGCCUGUCGUGCAGCACCCCUACGAGUCCCCUGAGCCAUCCCUCGACACAGUCCCACGGGACGCCUCGCAGCCCAACGGGGUCUUGCGGCGGAGGGCAGAGAAUAGCACAGCCAAACCCUUCGCGCGCACUGAAAUCCGCUUGCCUGGUGCUCUGGCCUUGAGCGGGCGGCCAGAGAGGAUCUCGAGAGUCCUAGUCCACAGUCCGGGCGGAGAGAAUCCGGACGCCAAAACACCGCGCCUGGUUCCCGACGGCGAGGGUCGGACCAGCCCCCUAGGCGGCGCUCGCAGCUCACCCCAGCGGUCCUCUUUAGGACCCUCAGUGACCCGACUAUCCUGCCCCGGCUCCCCUCAGGCAUACCCUAACUCGAGCCCUGGGAUUGCACCCAAACUAGAGGCCCCUGCUGCGACCCCCGAAUCCGCAGCUUCCCCCGCUCUGCCGGAGUCCCAGGCGUUGGCCAGCAUGACAGCUCGGCCCCAGCCCCGCGCUGCUUCUGCACCUCCCACGGACCGGUCCCCUCAAGGCCUCUCCCAGGCAAUGCGCAGGCCUCUGGGAGCCACGCACCCGGGGAAGGUCCUAGUGGACCCAGAAACCGGCCGCUACUACUUUGUGGAGGCGCCGCGGCAGCCGAGGCUGCGGCUGCUCUUCGACCCGGAGAGCGGGCAGUAUGUGGAGGUUCUGCUACCGCACUCAUCCCCCAGGCAGCCCAGCCACAUCUACACCCCGCUAUCCCUGGGGCCUGGCCUCUACCCGCCUGCCUAUGGGUCUAUUCCUGGUCUCUCACUCCCGCCAUCCUCGGGCCUGCCAGCCCUCAGCAGCUCCCAGCUGCCCUGGGCCUCUGAGGCAGGACCCCUGGACGGGAUGUACUACCUCCCCAUGAGCGGGACUCCCAGUCCUGCCCCAUCUCUGCUCCUCUGUGCCCCACCUGCCCGCUCGGAUCCCACCCAGCCUAGCAAGGGCUCUGUGUUCCCGUUGUGAGGCCUUAGGGCCUGAUCCACAUGGAGUUGAGGCCCCCUAAAUGGUCUAGAGUUUCUGGCUUCCAAUUCCCUGACCUUUCCUUCCAUCACCAUUUUUGGUCUGUUCCAGCCAGUCUUCAGGCCAGAAGUCAUUUUCAAAGAAGGUAUGUGAGACCCCAGGUUGAUGGAGCUGGAGUUCAGGAGGUAGCUGGCUUCUUCCUACCCCAACAAAAAUGUAUAUCCCUUUCCCACCGCAUUCCCAGGGUGUGGCGUGUUUGUGUAUGUGUUUAUGUUGGCAAGGAAUGGGAGGAAACCAGCCUGAGGGGGUGUUCUCCAAAGGGCAGUGGGAAUGAGAUGUGCAGGAACAGGGUGGUCUCCAGAGGUGGUGAGCUGUCUGUCCUCUCCUGAAAAUGGGCCUAGUUGAUGUGGAGCAGGCCAGUGGGCACUGUUGAGAUGAAGAGGAAGGACUCUGGUCAUCAAGUCUGUUUUUUGGAAAAGUAGCUGAGCUUUGGUCUGGGAGGCUGUGGGGGAAAAUGGCUAGCGCAGCCCCAGGCCAAGUUGGAACUAAGAAAGGGAGCUGUGCAGGCAGCAGGUGGAGGUGGAGUGAGCAAGCAAUGUAGCGGGGGAGUGGGGAGUCAGCCUGGAAUUGGGGGUGAAAAGGCUGGAGUGAGGUAGGUCCAGGUGGCUGUGGCCCUCAUUGGGGAGCCUAGCUUUUCCUUCCUCCCCUCAACUCCAGUCUCUGAUUCUCAGAGCCCUGGGAGCUGAGCUGGCUCAUCUUAGAAGUGCAGGCAUCAGCCAUUUCCACUCAGGUAAGAACAGGUAAAAUAAAUCACCAAGGAUUUACAAAGCUGGAUGCAAAAGUUCAAGACCAGCCUCAGCAAAUUAGUGAGACACUGUCUCAAAAUAAAUAAAUUUUGGGGCUGGGGUUAUAGCUCAGUUGGUAGAGUGCUUGCCUCACAUGCAUGAGGCCUUGGGUUCAAUCCCCAGCACCACAAAAAUAAAUAAAUAAAUAAAAAUUUUAAAAAGGGCUGGGGAUGUAGGUUAGUGCUAAAGGUUAAGUUCCCCUAGGUUCCAUCCCCAACACAGAAAAAAUAAAAAUAAAAAACUUACAAGAGGAGGAAGUUGGGCUGUUGGCUUCCAGGGGAGGCUUUGACCCCUCUGAGUGGCUGGAAGGUGGGUUUGGGCUGGCAGUAGGAGGGGUGGGCCCUGUGUGAGGUAGACUGGAGAGGACAAAAUUCUCAGUUUUUAUCACACAUGUGAUAACAGUGCUCAGAGAGGAGCUGGAUGGUCAUAGCACAGGAAAGGACAGGACCCUGAACCUGUGCUCCAACUUUCCUGAGAUUCUAGGAGCUUCUGAGAGAUUCUAAGAGCCUCUGAGGAGGCUGAAGGAGCUGGAGGGGGGUGUGUGUGUAUGCCUGGGGGUCUGUGUGUGAUUCCGAGCCUGGAAUGACUGGGGUGUGAAGUGAUGUGUUUGGGAAAAACAGUUCUCAUUAGAAACAGUGUCAGAGAUGGGAAUCAAUGCCUUCCUUGUUACAGACCUUGGGGCCCAUGUUCCUUGUGUUCCAGUCCCUUGCCCUGGACUGGAAGCUGAGUAGGUGAACUUUGAGUCAGAAUAACCUGGACAGCUCUUGGCCAGGGACACAGGUCCUGAUGGUAUGGAAAACCUUGGGUCCCAGGCCACCUCUGGGCACCUUGCCUCAUCCUGUUGUGCAAUAAAUAGCUGACCAUGAGCCAUGGUGGCUGAAAUGA